GUUUCACUGCCAAGUUUUCGUAUUAUUUCUCUCUUUUUUUCUUUUGGUCAAUCUGGAAAAGGCAACAAUAUUCCAUUUCGCAUUGAUUCUACUGUCUCAUUUAGAAAAUUGUCUUAUGCAGGAAUGAUGGACUCUGGUAACUAACCAGUCCAUCACAGAUACACAAAGCCCUCAUUAAAGAGAAAAUCUGCUGCAGCAUAAAUACCCCAAGCUUCCGCAUUUUCUAAUUCUAGAUAUUGGGAUUGACGGAAAAUGAUUUACUAUGAUCUCUAGACUGGGAUUAUAGAAUUUGUAAGUUUUUGUCCUGUAUUUUCGAUCCUGAAAGAGCAUUUCUUUUUGCUUCUCCGUCAGGCUACAUAAGAAGUGGUCAUGGAUAUAUCAUCUUGGGACGGAACCAUCUCAUUAGCGGAAUUUCAUGUCGCUGCUCGUGCUUUAGUAGAGAAAUGGAAAAGGGUUUCUUCAGCUUCCCCUCCUUGGUCAUGGGUCUCUUGUCCAAAACAACCUUGGGUUGCUUCUCACGAAGUUAGCGUGGAAGGAUACUUGUCACUGGAGAACAUAAUUAUCGUGUCAAUUAAGGAGGAACAUGAUGAACUACUAAGUUUCCCUCAGAAAGAAGAGACAAGUUGCCCUGACAAAGAGGAGUCCAUUGAUAUUGCCACCUUAGUCCAGAGUCAGAGUGAUCGUGAUGAAAUAUGUUACUAUGAUCUCCAUAUAGUAUAUAGUGCUUCGUAUAGGGUUCCGGUGCUAUAUUUUCGUGUGUACUACAGUGAUGGAGAACCUUUGGAGUUUGAGGAUAUAAAAAAACACCUUCCUGCUCACUCUGCCAAAACACUGUUGGAUUCAAAAUGGACGUUUAUAACCCAGGAGGUUUUCAGUGCACCUCAUGGUACGAAGUUUUGCUUUUUGCAAGGGGAGAAGAUUAUCAAAUGAGCAUGUAAAAGUGAUUUGAAUUCUCGAGCAUGUGCCAUUAGUUUUAAUGAUCUGACUGGAUAAUAACAAGGUGGGUCUGGAUUGGUGCGAGGCUCUGUAACUUCUUUUAUUUGGAGGGUUAAGUGUAAUUGUGAUAGUCAUGGUUGUGGUGCUCACAAUUGUGGCCAUUAACAUUGGCAACAAACUUGUGAAGGUCGUGGUGAGGGUUUUCUCAGAUCUGUCGAAGAAGAGUGGAGAAGGCAAAAAAGAAAUGUGUUGCUGAAUGGGUUUUGGGCAUGAUGGGACAAAACAAUGCACGUGGAUACAUUUGUUAGCAGUCUGACUCUCA